UGACAAUGAAACAAUUCGGUAUCUAAGUAGCAUAAGUCGUUCCGGUUUCCGAGACACGAAUCACGACUUCUGCGCACAAGCAUCGAAAUGUGUGGCGAACAACGUCGACAUGAAAAACUAUACCACCCGGCACACCAGGCCUACCUGCGACUGCUAUAUGGCUUAUGUCGAUUAUGAUCGUAUCAUUCAGAUUAUCAAGAAUGGUGGCGUGCCUAUUCUUUCAGUCGCUGAAACUGAAAAUGGAGACAUAUCCCUCCAUGUCGAGCCCCGCAGUCAGGCCUCCCAACCGCCCGCCCGCCCCAGCCGGGGCCCUUCGGGCGGGCGGGGAGGCGGAUAGGCGAUUACUAAGACCUCUCGCUUAGCCUAUUUAGG